AUGGCAGCAUCACUCGCAGCAGUGAAAACCGAAUUGAGGAAGAAGAUCAAGGGCGUCUUGACAGACCUGCCCGAGGCUGCAGCUGCUUCUCAAUCAUCACAUGCAACAAAGACGCUGCUCUCCAUGCCCGAAUACCAUGCCGCGCAGAGGAUAAGUGUAUACCUGUCCAUGCCUGGUGGCGAGAUUUCCACGAGCAGCAUUGUCCGUGAUGCUCUCAGCCAGGGCAAGAAGGUCUUCAUCCCUUACACCUACAACUCCAGCACUCCGAGAGACGGCCAGCCAAAGUCCAUCAUGGACAUGGUCCAACUGCACUCGAUGAGCGACUUUGAAUCACUACAGCCUGACAAGUGGGGCAUUCCAACUCCCAGCAAGGACUCAAUCGCAUCACGUGCCAACUGCUUUGGCGGCGAAGGCAUCACAAACGGAGAAAUGACCCAUGUCUCAGACGGCCUCGAUCUCAUCAUCAUGCCGGGCAUGGCCUUUGAUUCCACCUUUGGUCGUCUGGGACACGGCAAGGGCUUCUACGACUACUUCUUGACUCGAUGUCACCAAGCGUCGCGCAUGCCUUUUCGCGGUAAGAACUACUGGUAUUGCUUGCUUCCACCGAAUGAAUCGGUCCCAAUGGACACGUCCGAUUAUCGCCUUGACGCCUUGGUGACGGGUGAUGGCGUCCUCCACCGCGCGAGUGCUUGA